AUGCGAUUGAAGGCUGUCGAUCUCAAGAAGCGCUGCGCCGACGCUGGGCUCGACGAUAGCGGCACGAAAGCCGAUCUCGUGGGAAGAUUACUCAAUCAAGCGUCAAACGAAGAUUCUUCGCCCCCGGACGCCGGCGAUGCGCCCGAACGCGUCGUCGCGACGGACGCCGACGACGCAAAGUUAGAAGAUGCGGACGUGGAUGCGGUCGAAACCGACGGGAGCGGCGAUCACGAUGAUUUGCUGACGCAUUUAAGAGAGAAUCCGUCAGACGCCGCCGGGUGGGAACGGUGCGCGAGACUGGCGUUGGCGACGACGAUUCCGAGCGCUCGACCGCUGUUCGACGCCAUCACCGAACAGUUCCCUCGAUCAUCGUUGGCGUGGUGCUGGUACGUCGACGCGGAGCUUUCGAAGAACGAUGCGGGGACGCCGGACGACGAAGCGAUCCGCGCCAUUUUCGGGAAGUGCUUGAUACCGUGCCCGAGCGCGUUGCUCUGGCGAAGAUACGCGUCGUACAUGGCGAGCACGAACGAUGUGACGACAGAAGAGGGGGUGAACACAAUGAAAUCGGUGUACGAGUACUCCGUGGACGUCGUCGGCGAGGACGCGGACGCUGGUGAUCUUUGGAUGGACUAUUGUCAGUUCUUGCGCAGCACCGAGGCGACGCUGAUUGUCACCGACGUCGCUGUGGAGCAAGCGCCGAGUGCGAGAGAUAUGAUCGUUCGCAGGACGUACCAGAAGGCGAUUUCAGUGCCGAUGCACAAAUUAGAUGCAGUUUACAAGGUUUACGAAGCGUUUGAGCUUGAGAAGAACAAGGCGCUCGCGAGGGCGUUGUUGCAGGAAAUAGCGCCAAAGUUGUUGCUCACACGCACGGCGCUCGGUAAGAGGAAGAAGGUGCUCGCCGACGUCAGUGGACGAUACGCGCUUCUUGCGGCAUCACCCACGGCGUGCGCAGCUCAAUGGGCAGAGAUUAUCGAUUUUGAGAAGUCAAACGUGCAAAAGCUUGAAGGUGCAACGCCGAAUGAACCGUCCCCACAACUCUAUGCGCGCGUGAAGCACGCCUACGAAUUAGCAGGUCUGUCUCUCGGUGAGACACCUGAGUUUUGGCUAGAGUACGCGCACUGGCACGAGAGCGAGAAUCGUUCAGACGAGGCGGUGGAAGUUUUACAGCGAGCGCGGGAGGCGUUACCGUAUUGCACGCUUAUCACUUUUGCGUCGGCGGAUAUCGAAGAGACUCGCGGCGACGCCGACGCGUGUAGAGCCAUCUACGAGUCCAUAAUGAUGCCCUCGGAUAUAAUUCUAACGUACUGCGAAUACGUUCGCGCGUCGCGUCGUGUUGGAGAUCAAGAUUCGAGUCGAAAAGCUUUCAUGCGAGCCCGUAAGGCGCCCGGGGCGACGUGGGAAAUUUACGCAAACUCCGCGAUGAUUGAAUGGCAGUACGAUAAGAGCGAUAAACCGGCGAGAAACAUCUUUGAGCUCGGGCUUAAGAAAUUUUUGACGUCGCCAGACUACGUCGAGCGUUAUGCCGAGUUCUUGAUUGGCGUGAACGAUGUUGCCAAUGCCCGAGUUUUGUUUGAACGUUCCCUGAGUGAAUCGCCGUCGAUGAAGAUUUGGGAUAUGUUUGUCGAUUUUGAGCGUUCGCAUGGCACAGUGGAUACGAUUUUAGAUGCGGAGGCACGGCGUAAUGCCGCG